AUGGCCCAGUCUCGCUGGCAGAUGGUUCGGCAGGAGAUUGAAAGCGACUACGUCGACUACUUUCUGGAAGUGAAGGCAGUUCAGCGUCAAAAUGGGCGGCGCCACUUCCAAAUAGAGAAUGGCCCUGAAAUCGUCGUCUGUACCAAGAAGGGCUUUGCCGUGAAGAGUUUGGACGAGCUCGCUCCAUCUGGCCACUUCGGCUCAGCUGCGCGGCUCGUGAACUUCAUGUCAGCAUACGGCUUUGAGUGCUACGGUCACACCAUCCAAGACAUGCUCGAUUUCCAUGAGCAAGGGAGGUUCCUCUUCUUCUUGAAGGUGAGGAGGAGCUUCCUGAGGGCCAACCGUGGAGUGUUGGAGUCGGAUUCCGAGCCGCCUGAGUCCUGGGGAGAUUUUCACGGUGAGACGUCGCCUCAAUCUGUCUGA